UUAAUCCACAAUUAAGUAUUGUUUUUUUUUAAAAAUAAAAUAAGAAAUACAACAUGAAUUUCUUUUUUUAAAAAAAAAGAAGAAGAAAGGUAAUUGACCAAUUAGCACGGUAGAUCACGUCGUCCACAUGACCACAUCAUUACAUAUAUACGUACACAAAAUUAGCGAUGAAAAUGUUCAGUGAAUACAUGAUCUAAUAACUCGGUCACAUGGUAUAAUUAAACGGAUGAAAUCCCAAAUAAAUGAAUAAAAAAGGGUGAUAUGUAAAGCGAGUGAUAGAUGCAAGUCGGAUGCGGGUGAUAUGUUUAUGAUCCAUUACCCAAUCUAUCACUCGUUUAUCACCUGACCCAUAACCCAUUAUUUUAUAUAUAUUAUUUAUAUUUAUAUUUAUAUUUUAAAGAUAUAUAAAAUUUUGUUUUGGUGGAUUAUUAUGCAUAUUAUUAGGUGUUAAUAUUUUAAUGGUCAAUAUAUUUCACCCAAGUAUCAGCCUAUCCACCCAAUCCGAUUCACACGUGGACGAUGGAUAGACUGAAAACUUCAAAUAUGCAUCCCCAGCUCGUGCAACAACAAUAUAAAUUUUGUUAGUAGUUAAAAAAGGAGCACAUAUUCCAGCUAAACAUGAACCCUAAGCAAGCCGAAGAUAGGAGUACGUGGAUCAUAACUCACAAGAGACAUAACUACCAAACUUAAUACUUCGUAUUAGAUUGCAAAGGAAGUUAGUACUAAUAUAUAAUACUCCACUAAUAUAAGCUACUCCUAGUUAGAUAUAAAGGACAUAAAUGUGUGCUCAAACUAUAAGGGAGGUCAUUAAUAUUUUCAGAAGAUUGAGACAGAGUCUUUAAUUUUUAUGGUUGAUCUUCAUUUAAAUUUUUCUCUUUUUAUCUCAUUUCUUCAUUUUUUUUUAUAAUUACAAUUACUAUAUUUCCUUCUUUUUUUUAAUACAAAUAAAUAAAUAUAAAAAUAGUUAAGAUACGGAGUAGUAGUAAAAGUAGUUGUGGUUUUCUAGUACUUGUCAAGUAGUAUAAAUUAACACCGACCCUCCUAAGCAAUAAUGAAUGGCAAUUCAAUUUCCAUCACUUCCUCCUCUUAAUUCUUCUCCUACAUACAUUUUUUUUUUGCAAUUUCAUUUUUAUUUUUAUUCUUAUUAUUAUUAUUAAUAUAAAUUAAAAUUUGGUUAAUUUGUAGUAACAAUUAAUACAUUUCCCUGGUGCCUUCAAGUUCUCAUCACUUGAACCCCAUUUAAUUAAGCUUUAAAGAGAACAAUCUUUCUCUCUCUAUUGAAUUCCCCUUGUUCUAUAUAAUAAUGUCAUACUUCCAACUUGAAAACUCAUAUUCUCAACCAAAUAAAUCUCUUCUUACAACUAAUUUUGUACAUGGAGGUGUUUCUCACGAUGCUGUUCUAGUUUCUAAAGGUGUCCCCGUCACACUUGAUCUCUUCCAGAUCAAUCAAUCUCCACCUCCGUCCAAAUUCCAUCACCCGUGCCCUUCUUUUAAGAGUAAGCAAAAGAAGGGUUUGGAGGAUCAAAUAAGUGAGUGGGAGAUGAGCAUGAGCAAAAGAAACGGUGACAACGUGCCAAAGUUGGACUUGAAGUUGAACUUGUCACCACCAAGUUCAAGGAUGCAGAACCCGAACCCGAACUUGAACCCGAGGAUGGAAUCACCUAGCCGAUCAGCUUCGGUGUCGCCGCCGAGCUCGUGUGUAUCGUCGGAUGUAUCGAUGAGCAGCCCAGAAGCUAGUUCAAUGGUUUUGGCAGGGUGUCCAAGGUGCUUAAUGUAUGUCAUGCUAUCGGAGGAUGAUCCCAAAUGCCCCAAAUGCAAAAGCACUGUCUUGCUCGAUUUCGCACGUGACAAUAAUAAUAAUAAUAAUAAUAAUAAUAAUAACAAUAACAAUGGCAAUGAUAGUAGUAGCUCCAAGAAGAUGAAGAAGGGCUAAAUUUUGUUUGAUAUAUUAAGCUCUGUUAUUAGCAAGUGGGAGUUUAAUUAAUUAAGGACGUUGUUAACUAAUUUACUUAUUUUAAUUAACCUUUUAAGUUUUAGUACUAGGAUAAUUCGCGUUUGUGUCUUAUUUUAGCCAUGCAUCAUCAUCAUUAAAAAAAAAAAAAAAAAAAAAAAAAAAAAAAGGGUUACUACUUGGGAUUAUAAAUUAUUUGUACUGAUGAUUUGGUAAAUCUAUCAGCAAUUUCUAAUUAAUUAAUAAUAAUAAUUAGAUUAUUUAUGAAUUGUGACCCUACAUUUUGAUUUGUACAUUAAAUAAUUGAUUAAAUAGUGUUGUAUUUUUCCAAGUUAUAAAUCGCAAUUUAAGCGUGGUAGAUGAACUGCA